CCCUCUGCUAAACGUGGCGGCAUUGCUUCACUGGACAGCCAGUCAAGUCUCGUCCGAGACAGUUGACGUCGCGGUGAUAAGGGCUGCAGGGUUAACUCGGCAACUCUCCCGCGACCCCUCAACCCCCCUCGGUGCCUUCAGCUCCAAGAUUGACAAGUGGCCCCUUCGGAGAAGAAAGGGAGCGCAUUUAUAGAGGGCAAUGCAGCGGGCAGCAACAAACGCCACUUAACCUGCAACGCGGAGCCAGGCACGAAUAUGAAGGGUCUGGGGACGGUCACGGUUCAAGGCCUGCUCCUGUUUUUCGUGUCUUCCUACCUUGUACAAUCUCGGGACGUCCCCCAGGGUCACUUCCAGAGACGCAACUGGACCCCUCAAGCAAUAUUGUACCUGAAAGGCGCACAGGGACGGCGAUUCAUAGCGGACGAUGGAAAAGACAGCGACCUCUUUGAGAAAAUAGAUAUCGAAACCAGAAGCCAAAACACCAACCCGUCAUCCCUGUCAGAAGCAAUGGCAGUCCUCCUUGCUUCGGUGAGACAGGCACAAGAGGGCAAGUACGUUGGCAAGCGGUCUACAAGCUCACUGCACUCUGAGAUGAGGAUGAGGAAAGUAAACAGUAGUAUGUCUGAGAAGAGAAUCCAAACGGGAGAAAAACACUCGAAAUACUUGGACUUCUGCCGAGUUUCCCUUGUUGAGCCAUUAGAUUAGACUUCAUCUUUGUGCUAUUUAACUCUGCUGGCACAAAAGAAUGUCUGUAAGUUAUUCUUUACAAUGUACAUGGUUAUGGAUAUACAACCUUUGGAUUAUCCACUUGUAUUCUGUUUAAUGGAUUAAAAAGCUUUCAGCUUCUUAAAA